UUUACACACUAUAAAAAGAUGAACCUUCCUAGUUUCUACCCUCAGGUAUGUGUGAACAAUCGUGAAGUUUUUUCUUUGAGGAGUAAAAGAUCUUAGUGCAAGUAAUUAACAUGGAAUCUCAGCAAGCAAACCGUGAAGAACUUGAUGAGAAGGCAAGGCAAGGUGAAACUGUUGUUCCUGGAGGAACUGGUGGGAAGAGUCUUGAGGCUCAAGAACAUCUUGCUGAAGGAAGGAGCCGUGGAGGGCAGACGAGGAAGCAACAGCUAGGGUCAGAGGGGUAUCAUGAAAUGGGGACCAAAGGAGGGCAGACAAGGAAGGAACAGAUGGGGAGAGAAGGGUACCAAGAGAUGGGACGCAAAGGAGGACUCAGCACCAUGGACAAGUCUGGUGGAGAACGUGCUGAAGAGGAAGGCAUAGAAAUAGAUGAGUCUAAGUUUAAAAUUACCUAAAAAACUAAAAAAUUGUGAGGAAGAAGUGUUUUGUUGUAGUUGUUUUAGUGUGUGUGUGUUUUGAUGUAGUAGUGAAUAUAGCUAGGAAACUAGCUAGUUCUAUAAAAUAUAUGUUUUAAAGCUUUAGUGCUACUGUUUGUUAGGAAUGGUAGGUAUUUUAGGUUAAGGAACCUUAGGUAGUCUUUAUCUUAGGGGUAUGUUUAUCAUGGUGUUGUAGGAAGUGUUAAACUAUCAGUGGAGACUCUUGUACCCCUUAUAAUGCAUGUCCACUUAUCUUUAAACAUUGAGUUCCAUCAAGUUUUUAAGA